GCAGCUCACUCCAGCUUCAGCUGAUUCUCUCCAGCACCUCAGCCACUCAGCUCCCGGGCGUCUCUGCACCAUGGCCACGAAGGUAGACAGCAGGCCCGGAGGGCUCCCUGGCAGUGCCUGUGACCUGGGCACAGCCCGAGAGCAUAUACAUGCUGUCACCCGAAACUAUAUCACCCACCCUCGAGUCACCUACAGGACGGUGUGCAGCGUCAAUGGGCCCCUGGUGGUGCUGGACCAGGUCAAGCUCAAACAGAAUGGAAUAGCCAGGACUUGGACUGGCACUCGAAUAUGGGAUGCUGGCCUGUUUGCCCAGUAUGCUGAGAUCGUCAACUUCACCCUCCCCGAUGGGACUCGAAGGAGUGGGCAAGUGCUCGAAGUGGCUGGGACCAAGGCCAUCGUGCAGGUGUUUGAAGGCACCUCUGGCAUCGAUGCCCAGAAGACCUCGUGCGAGUUCACGGGGGACAUCCUGCGCAUGCCAGUGUCGGAGGACAUGCUGGGUCGGAUUUUCAAUGGCUCCGGCAAGCCCAUUGACAGGGGGCCAGUGGUCAUGGCCGAGGACUUUCUGGAUAUCAAUGGCCAGCCCAUCAACCCCCAUGACCGCAUCUACCCCGAGGAGAUGAUCCAGACCGGCAUCUCUCCCAUCGAUGUCAUGAACAGCAUUGCCCGGGGCCAGAAGAUCCCCAUCUUCUCAGCAGCUGGGCUCCCCCACAACGAGAUUGCUGCCCAGAUCUGCCGCCAGGCGGGGCUGGUGAAGAAGUCCAAGGCCGUGCUGGAUUACCACGACGACAACUUCGCCAUCGUCUUUGCAGCCAUGGGGGUGAACAUGGAAACAGCUAGGUUCUUCAAGUCGGACUUCGAGCAGAACGGAACCAUGGGGAAUGUGUGCCUCUUCCUGAACUUGGCCAAUGAUCCCACGAUCGAGCGGAUCAUCACCCCGCGCCUGGCACUGACCACUGCAGAAUUCCUGGCCUACCAGUGCGAGAAGCACGUGCUGGUCAUCCUGACCGACAUGAGUUCCUACGCGGAGGCCUUGCGAGAGGUCUCAGCAGCCAGGGAGGAAGUGCCUGGGCGCCGAGGCUUCCCGGGAUACAUGUACACAGACCUGGCCACCAUCUACGAGCGGGCAGGCCGCGUGGAGGGCCGGGGCGGGUCCAUCACUCAGAUCCCCAUCCUCACCAUGCCUAAUGACGAUAUCACCCACCCCAUCCCGGACCUGACCGGCUUCAUCACAGAGGGACAGAUCUAUGUGGACAGACAGCUUCAUAACCGACAGAUCUACCCCCCCAUCAACGUGCUCCCUUCUCUGUCGCGGCUGAUGAAGUCCGCCAUCGGCGAGGGCAUGACGAGGAAGGACCAUGGCGACGUCUCCAACCAGCUGUACGCCUGCUACGCCAUCGGCAAGGACGUGCAGGCCAUGAAGGCCGUGGUGGGCGAGGAGGCGCUCACCUCGGAGGACCUGCUCUACCUGGAAUUCCUGCACAAGUUCGAGAAGAACUUCAUCAACCAGGGUGCCUACGAGAACCGCUCGGUGUUCGAGUCGCUGGACCUGGGCUGGAAGCUGCUGCGCAUCUUCCCCAAGGAGAUGCUGAAGCGCGUCCCGCAGGCCGUGAUCGAUGAGUUCUACGCCCGCGAGGGGGCGCCGCAGGACCUCGGGUCCGACACCGCGCUCUAGCCCCGCGCCCCGCGGCGGCCUUGGCCCGGAACCCCGAGGCUUCGCGCCCAUUCCUCUCCCUCGCUCCAGGCGUUCAGAAGGACCCGCCCCACGCCUGGCUCAGACAGAAGCGUCUGAGUUUUCACUUAAAGACCCCCAAAUAAGACGUGACCGAGAGGAAUUUAUCUCAGGUGCAAAUAAGAUUGGCAAAAAUUUGAUCAUUGUUACUACUGCAGGUGAUGGUUACAUGGAAUUCAUUAAACUAGUCUCUUAAAAAACAA